AGACUCGAACGCCCUUUGGAGAAACUGUAUAAUGACCAAAAAGUUUAAACAAUUUGACAUAAAUAUGUUUACUUGCAGUGUAAUUCUGAAAUCUUCAUAGGAAAAAAAAAAAUUCUAAAAUCUUCAUACCAAGGAAAACGAAGACACAGGACUCUCUCUCUCUCUUCUUACUCCAUGUCCCUCGACCCUGGAGCUUUUGAAGCCCUAGUUCCAUAUCGUUUCAUUACAUUCACAAUUCCCAAUCCAUCUCACUCUAUCAAUGCCGACCACCACCUCCACACCCCACUCCUUCGUGUCGCCGUCCUCGACUCACCAAUCCAACCCACCAUAACCACCGAUCCACCCCGAGUCGCCGCCAUGAUCGUCCCCAAACACCGCGAAACCGACUGGACAUUCUCCACCCAGACCGGCCAUCUCCAACUCCUCCUCAGCUCCCCCGAAUUUUCCCGCCUAAUUAUCGUCGGCAACCUCCCAGCCAAUUCUCUCCCAGAUACAUACAAUCGCCCCACAUGUCUCGAUCAUGCGAAUCAGGCGAAACUCGAAGAAACCCUAACCCCUUUGUUGAUAGCUUUGUUGCCCAAAUUGGCUUUCAAAGACGGCUUGCCCGAAAUACCCUUUUUGAGAUAUGAAGACGAUGUUGUUCGUAGUGUGGUUUUGGAGAAAUGUGUUGGGUCUUGUGUUGGUGAGAUGUUGAUUGAGGACGUUGAAUUGCAAUUCGAGUGUGAUAGAGAGUUUCGGAGAAGGUUGAGGUUUAAGCGAAUGCCCAAUCUGAUUCAAACCCAGAUACGUCUCGUUUCGAAUUCAAAUCCUGAUGUGAUUUCUGGUUCCAAUUGUGUGGGUUUAGGGGAAUUAGGGUUUAAGCCAGAUACACAGGUUCUGGUUCAUCCUUAUUUGACUCCAAUGGUGGCAAGUCUUUCGCUGAUCAGUUCGUGUCUUGAUCAGCGAAUUCGAGGUGGGUUUAGGCCAAAAGCAUUGUGUCUGGGUGUUGGUGGUGGUGCUUUACUUGGAUUCUUGAAUGCCCAAUUGGGUUUCGAGGUCAUUGGUGUGGAGGCAGAUGAGGCUGUUCUGAGGGUUGCCAAGCAGUAUUUUGGAUUAGAAGAUGGUGAGUUCAUUCAGCUUCGUGUUGGGGACGGAAUAGAAUUGAUAAACAAAUUUUCUCAUCAAGCCAAUGAACAAAAUGUUGAUGUAUGGGAUGCUAAAUUUGAUGUGAUUAUGGUCGAUUUGGAUUCGAGUGAUGCUAGAAUGGGUAUAAGUGCUCCUCCAAUGGAGUUUGUUCAGAAGUCUGUUCUUUUGGCAGCUAGACUUGUUCUUAAUGAGCUUGGUGUUCUUGUUAUCAAUGUGAUUCCUCCAACUAGGGCAUUCUACGAGACGUUGAUACAUGAGUUUCAGGAGGUUUUUCAGGAGUUGUAUGAAAUAGAUGUUGGGAAUGGAGAAAACUUUGUUCUAAUUGCCACUGCAUCACCAAUGGCGACUGCUUCUGGCGAUUGUGAGAAUACUUUUCUCACGAGGUUGAAACUGGUUAUUUCAGGAGCUUAUAUUGAUUCAAUAAGGAAACUUUGAAGGUUUUGGUUGUCACCAAGUAGACAAAUAUGCUCUCCAUAUCCUUGGGGAAAGGGUGUAUAAGGCCGAGCAGCAAAACGCGUUUUGGAAACCAUGAGCGCUUUUUGUAUAGUGCAUAGCAGACAAUAUCUGCACUGUGCAUACGCGUCAUUAGUUAUGGUUCUCAAAUCCUCAGUAAAGAUGGCAAAGAAACAGAAGCUAACUCACUGUGGACAGUCUAGUGUUUCUAAUCCAGUUACCUUAGCAAGCAUUACUAGAGGAGACCUCAUUGCAGGUGUGGAUGAUUUCAAACUCUCCCUUCAUCAUAAAGUUGAAGUUUUUUGCUAGCUGUGGUGUUAAAGGAAUGUUGUUGACACAAAUAUGCAAUUAAGUUUGUUGUAGGCAUUGUAAUCUUGUGAAACUCUUUAAUGUACCUCAGAAUGUUUAAAGGCCGUUAUCUUUUCUGUCAUUUGCACCUAUUAUCGUA